CUCGAGGAAGUGGCGGCGGCGGCGGCUCCGCCUCCUGCGCAGCACCCGGCGGCUCUCAGUGCGCAGGCACGGGUCGCUCCGAGCUCGCCGGGUGUCCAUAAUACGUGGCGUCUGAGGCUGGAGCGACGCACAGGCGAGAGAUGGGAGCCGCGCGAGAGAUCUGCGGCUAACCCAGCUGCAUUUGCUCGCCCGGCAAGGAAGGUGGAGGAGAAGGCGGAUCAGGGGAGAAGGAUGAGUGCUUAUGCUGACAUCUGUGCAUCCAAGCAGGCGCAGCAGGGUACCCCGGAAGGAGGUUACCAGCGCUAUGGAGUUCGCUCUUACCUGCAUCAGUUUUAUGAGGACUGCACAGCAUCCAUUUGGGAGUAUGAUGAUGAUUUUCAGAUCCAGAGAUCACCAAGCAGGUGGAGCUCUGCAUUCUGGAAGGUCGGACUCAUCUCAGGGACGGUGUUUAUGCUGACAGGGAUCAUCGUUCUCGUCGUAGGUUUUCUUGUGCCACCCAAAAUUGAAGCCCUGGGAGUAGAAGAUUUUGUGGUGGUGGAUACACGUGCAGUGCAGUUCAACAGAGCCCUUGACAUAUGCAAGUUGGCUGGAGCAAUAUUGUUCUGCAUCGGAGGAACCACAAUGGCGGCCUGCUUGCUGAUGUCUGCGUUCGCUAAAAGCUACUCCAAAGAAGAAAGGUACCUGCAGCAGAAAUUUAAAGAGAGAAUUGCAGACAUCAGAGCCCAUGCACACCCCGUCACCAAAGCCCCAGCGCCUGGAGAAUCCAAGAUACCCGUCACGUUGUCCAAAGUUCAAAAUGUCCAGCCGUUAUCUGAAACCUGAUGUUUGUUUUCUCUUUCCAAACAUACCCAUCUUUUGAAUUUGAAAAGGUCAGCUUUGGCCUGUGUAUGAAUCUGUGUUUCCCAUGCAGUGUAACUGCACUCUGCAGCCAGUGGGGAAAGGAGCAGAUUGGGAAGGAGGUGGAAAUGGCUUGAAGGGGAUGGUUCAGCCAUCAGUGGCUUGAACAAAGCAUUAAUGUUAUGAGUUGUUCUCUUAUUUUUAAUAGUUGCAUUGAACCCUUGCAAAGCACCAUUUGAUUGCCCUUCCCUUUAAAUUUGUCACACAUUUCAUGCUGCUUCCAGUUAACUGACAUGUUCAUACCUGUUUUAUUGUGGACGGCUUCAAGUUAUGUUCUCUUGGCUCUAUAGCCAAAGUCCAACAAAACGAUAUUCGUGCACGUUGGAGAGAACCAUCAUGCAGACAAUGGGAGCAGCUUUCUCAUUUCCACCACAUGUGCUUGUACUACUGGGGAAGAAAGUUGUCUUGCAAACCAAAGGGCAGCUUUUCUCUUCAGCAGCAUGAGUUGCUGUGGUGGGAACAUAAUGAGAACCUGUCAAUGCCCUCACCUGAUCAUUCAUUUGUUUUUAAAUAGAAAUGACAGAUCAUUAAUGUGAUAUUCCAUAUUUACCCAGUCCUGUUAUAGAAGAGUUAUAAUAAGCCCUUCUUUGAAAAGAAAUUCAUCCAUUACUGUCAUCUGAAGAGCAUCCUUUAGAGUCUACCAGUGAAAUCCUAUGUACGUUUACUAAGAUGGAGGUUCCACUGAGUAGGACCUUUUUCCAUGUAAGUGUCUACCAGAUUGCAGUCACUAGAAUUCCAUGCAUUCUUGUAGCAACCUGCAUGGCAGAAGGUUUGGUUCGCUAACCAUCAGAAGAUGCACUUCUCAGUAUUAUGAUUGAAAAAUAUCCUGUUGUGAGCUGAGCCCCAAAUUUAACGCCUUCUGUUUCUGGGAAGUGCAAUUUUGAAAGUUGUCAUUUAAAAAAAGAAGAAGAUAACUUUUGUGUGGAAGUGUAUACCAAAUUAACCCACCUGCAGGUCUGGUCUCAAGUUUUCAGUAGGAAAAGAAAUGUAACUGAGGCUGUUUUUCCGUACAGCGUGUGCAUUUCACAUUGGUACGAGAUAAGAACAGUAAAAGCCCAGUUCUGUGCUUCAUGCACUGUGCACUGUGGUGUGUACACAAAGCUCUUGAAAGUGUACACAGAGCUCCUGGGCACAUAAAGAAGGACCUUUUACAUCAAUGGUAGGAGCAAAUGUACACACACAAAGGAAUACAUGUGUAGAUCUGCUCCCUUUGUUGAAAAGGACAUCAAAGCCCCUAUGCCUGCACCAAAUUUCUGGACUGGGGAAGCCAUGGGGCAAGUUCCUCCAUGUUAUUGCCUAACUUCCAUGAAUUCCAAUAGGAUUUGUGCAGGAACAUUUCCUGGUGAAUCAUGCAUAUUUUUUAAAGCUAAGAGAUUCUUCAUUCCUUAAAUCCGAUUGCCUGAAAGAAACUAUUAAAUGUGAUGCUUCUAUUUUUCUAGAUAAUAGAAAGAGCUUAUCCUUAAUCAUAGUACAGUUGUGUUGACGCUUACCUACAGAUUUGUCCUUUCCACUAAAGAUAUAAAUCAUCUUUGUCUCUCUCUGUAUGUCUCUCUCACUAUAAAAUUCUCUUCCUUUUAUUCUAUGGAUCUAAAACAAGACUAUGUAAAGAGAUGUGACCUUUAUAUUCUUUGACAAUAUGUGCCCACCUUAUAGUUCUGUCUAUUUUUUUCAAUGGAUUAAAUAAAAUUAUGAAGAACUGG